UUUAAUUUUGAUAUUUUGAAGUGUGUGUGUAAUAUAAAUGAUAAAAAAUGUGAUAGUCAUUAUUCAUUAUUCAUGCGAUUUAAACUAUUUUUAAAAAAUAACAUCAAUUUAUUGCCGAGAUUAGUUGUACAAAGAGAAUUAUGUAUAUGUAUUCAAUGAUAGUAACCUCCCACAAUUUAUCAAAGUCGUUCAAACAUUUGAAAUUUUUUAAUAACAAUUUUAGAAGAACAUUUAGCAACAUGUCUCAAAAAAUUAAUCAAAGUAAAACGUACAUUUCUGUAGAAAUUCCUGAAGCCAAACCAAGUAAUUCUAAAGGUGUAUUUUCUCGAAUAUUUCGCAGAAAUAAGCCAGAAACAAAGAAAGAAGGAGGAAUUAAGAAAUCAGAAUUAAAAAGGUUGUUUUCUUUAGCAAAACCAGAAAAAUGGAAACUUGUCAGCGCUAUUGGGUUCCUUGUAGUCUCGAGUACAGUAACUAUGGCUAUACCAUUUAGCUUAGGAAAAAUAUUAGAUAUCAUUUAUGUAGGAGAAAAAGAUAUAGAUGCUGCAAGGACGAAAUUAAAUCAAGUGUGUGGUGUCUUAUUGGGUGUUUUUGUACUAGGAGCAAUAUGUAAUUUUGCGAGAGUGUACUUAAUGUCGACUGCUGGUUAUCGAAUGACCAAUGCUCUAAGAAGACAAGUAUUUAGUUCAAUUUUAAAACAAGAACAAGGUUGGUUCGACGUGAGGCCUACAGGUGAAUUGGUCAACAGAUUAUCAGCAGACACACAGAUUGUUGGCUCAGCUCUUUCACAGAACAUUUCUGAUGGUUUGAGGUCUCUAGUGAUGGUAUGUUCUGGUACUGGCAUGAUGUUUUAUAUGUCUCCAGAACUGGCUUGUGUUGGUUUGGCAAUAGUGCCGCCUGUAGCUGUAGUUGCUGUCAUAUAUGGAAGAUUUGUGAGAGGUAUUUCAAGGAAACUUCAGGAUUCUUUAGCUGAUACAACCAAGGUAGCAGAAGAAAGAAUAUCUAACGUGAGAACGGUGAAGUCCUUCGCACAAGAACCGAAAGAAUUCGUGACAUACAACACAUCCAUAGACAGAGUUUUACAAUUAUGCUACAAAGAAGCCAAAGCUCGAGCCUUAUUCUACGGAAUGGUCGGUUUUAGUGGACACAUCAUUAUAAUAUCAGUCUUAUAUUACGGUGGAGUGAUGGUGUCUUCAAAUACCAUCACUGUUGGAAAUCUGUCUUCAUUCUUGCUUUAUGCCGCAUACAUAGGCGUUUCUGUUGGCGGUUUAUCCAGUUUUUAUUCGGAUUUGAAUAAAUCUUUAGGAGCAGCAACGAGAAUUUGGGAAAUUAUUGAUAGAGAGCCAUCCAUUCCCAUACAAGGAGGAUCAAUACCUAUGUCGGUACUAGAAGGUCACAUACAGUUCAAAUCAAUCGAAUUCAACUACCCAUCAAGGACAGACAUCGACAUUUUUAAAAAUUUGAAUUUGGAUAUAAAACCCGGUCAAACGGUAGCCGUAGUCGGUCCAAGCGGUUCAGGAAAAAGUACUUUGGGGGCGCUGUUGUUAAGAUUAUACGAUCCCGCUUCGGGCGGCGUGUUUCUAGACAAUCACAAUAUCAAAGAUCUCGAUCCAGCUUGGCUUAAAAGGCAUAUAGGGACCGUUAGUCAGGAACCGAUUUUAUUCUCUUGUUCUAUUAAAGAAAAUAUUCUGUAUGGUGCCGAAGAACCUGAUAAAAUUACCGAUGAAGACCUGGUGAAGGUCUGUAAAGAAGCCAACGUGUACGAGUUUGUGCAGCAAUUGCCAGAAGGUUUCGAUACAGUAGUUGGAGAAAGGGGGGUAAUGUUGAGCGGUGGGCAAAAGCAGCGCGUUGCGAUAGCUAGGGCUCUCAUUAAAGAUCCGAAAAUUCUCCUCUUGGACGAGGCUACGAGCGCUUUGGAUUCCCAAUCCGAACAUUUCGUACAAGAAGCUCUGGAAAGAGUGAUGAAAGGUAGAACUGUACUGACAAUCGCCCACCGUUUGUCGACCAUACAAAAUGCCGAUACUAUUGCCGUUUUGAAAAACGGACAAAUCGUCGAACAAGGAAAGUACGACGAAUUAGUACUUCACGAUGGUGCUUUUAAAGAAUUGAUAAAGCAUCAGACUUUUAUGCAAGUAAACGACUGAAAAUUGUAGCGACACUUUAUUAAUAUUUAUAUGUAUCAUUUAUAAAAAUGACUUGUUGAAAUUUCUGUUUUCAAAUAUAUGUUAUAUAAAAA